UUGGGAGUGUGAGUUGAGUGCACGGCAGUUAGCGUGAGGACAUAAAUAAGGCAAGCAGGCAGUGCGACACUGCUACUGUUUGUUGUUGUGAAGACUCAACAUCACGUGCUUCAUCCCCUUUCUUCAAUCUCUCAUGAAGGUAAGUUCUUCAUUCAUCCAUCAAUCUCUAUCUUUGAUUUCAUUCUUAUCUGCUUUUUCAAUUUCGAUUUCGAUUUUGAUUUGGAUUUCUUGACGAUCUUCAUGCGAAUCCCUCGAUUUUGUUUUCAACUUUCUGCACAUCACAACUCUGGAUGAAACCAAACAGAUGUAUCGAUCCUUUGUUGAAAUGGGUCGGAAGAAGAAGAACAAGAGGCUUUUCAUUUUCAGAGAAUGUAGCCAUAUGUAUGGGCUUCCUUUGCGUUGAUCUUCUGUUAGUUGUUGAUUGCUGGUAUCCGCCAUUGUAGACUGCUUUCCCUAAAUAGAAUUAAUGUGAUAAUGGUUGAAAAUGGAAUCGUAUGCUACCAUGCUUUAUUUAGUAAGAUUGUCGAAGAACAGUUGGUUGAUCUGAACGAUUUAUUAGGUUUUGGAAAAGUUUCUAGUCGUUAGAGGAGUAGAGAAUUCAAUGUCAAUUUAGCAAACAUCUAACUAUUUCACUACAAUUAUUGGAAAUUCUGUGUGGAAGAAUGUGUCUUUUUUGAUUUCGGUUUUCGGCACUUAUGCAUUUGGGAAGGAAAAGAAAGGGAUUGGAUCCCGUAGCAUCUUCUCGACACAAACCAACCCCAUCUAGAGUCCUUUGGUCACAUUUCUCGUUGGGAGACCAUUCGAGAAGAACAAAGAAGUGCAAGGAAGGAGUAGGACAACGAGCUAGCUAUCAUAACGGUUUCGUCACCGGAAUCGCCACCGCCCCACCUUUUGUUAACGUGUGUUCAGACCCUCAUGGAAGGGGUCUUAAGAGGAAAAUUGGGUGCCUCGAUGCAGCCACUCGAAUGGGUAGGAAGAAGAAAAUCGAGCAAGAUUUUGAACUCGGUGAAACUAUAGGCCAAGGGAAGUUUGGAUCGGUGGUGAAGUGUCGGAAUAAGACCAGUGGGGAAGAAUUUGCAUGCAAGAUUUUAACCAAAGGGGAGGAGAUUGUUCAUAGGGAAGUCGAGAUUAUGCAGCAUCUUUCUGGUCAUCCUGGUGUGGUGACACUGAAGGCGGUUUAUGAGGAUGAUCGAUCUUUUCAUCUUGUUAUGGAGCUUUGCUCUGGCGGGCGGUUGCUUGACCAGAUGCGGAAUGACGGUUUGUUUUCAGAGCAAAAAGCUGCGAAUUUAAUGAAGGGAUUGAUGUUGGUUCUUAAAUAUUGUCAUGAAAUGGGUGUUGUUCAUCGUGAUGUAAAGCCCGAGAACAUCCUUCUUUCGUCAUCUGGUUUGAUGAAGCUUGCAGAUUUCGGGUUGGCUGCUAGAAUUGCUAAUGGUCAAAGUCUAUACGGUGUGGUUGGAAGUCCUGCCUAUGUUGCCCCAGAAGUUCUGAUGGGUGGUUAUUCAGAAAAAGUGGAUAUAUGGAGCGCUGGUGUGCUCCUCCAUGCAAUUUUGGUUGGUUUUCUUCCAUUUGGUGGUGAGUCUGUGAAUACAGUGUUUGAGGCGGUCAAGAAUGUGUCCCUUGAUUUCCAAGGUGGAGUAUGGGAAUCAAUAUCUCAACCUGCCCGUGAUCUGAUUGCACAUAUGCUAACAAGAAACGUAUCCAAGAGGUACACGGCUGAGGAAGUACUACGACAUCCUUGGAUCUUAUUUUACACGAACCCAACAUUAGAGUCCCUAACUUUCAGUUCCAGAGUUCAAACCCGUAGUUUCUUGACUUCACGACAGCUGACAGAAAUGCUAGAAGUGGAGUCCGAGAGGAACGUUAACGCCUCCUUCAAUGACAACUCUACUCUAACGUUCCCACCUGAAGAAGAAGAUUGUUACAUGGUCGAUGUGCUUGCUUUGGCUAUUUCACGAGUAAGAAUCUCCGAGCCCAAAAGAAGCAGGAUUUGCAGUCCCACGAAUCCAGUGCAACAGGAACAUUCCUCCAACAUUAAGAUAACGAGUCUCUGUACAGCAUUUUGACUGCAAGAAUCUAUUCAAGAAUUGCUCUCAUUUGCUUUUCAUGUGGCUUCAAGAUGGUACGUAUUCUGAAUUCCGUUGUGUUGUGGGUUGUGUUUCGUAAAUAGAAUGGUUUGUGAUUCUGUACAAGCGUGUGAGGCCGGAAAUAACGGUUUAUAUUCAACUUUCAAGUGUGAAAUAAGAUCUGUAUUUGAUUUC